AUGUCAUCCCAACCACCACAACACAAAUCCAUCGUCGCGCAAGACGCCAUAGCCGAAGACUCAACCACCAACCGUCUAUCAGACCACAACGAAACCAUCCUUCAACAACAAGUCACAGACAAGUCAAACAUCACCAAUUCGCAAACCUUGUUAUCAUCCUUCAGAGCAAGAAUAUUCUAUUUUGCCUAUGGGUCAAAUCUCUCUCCCACGCAAAUGCGUCUGAGGUGUGAACAUGACCCUGAAACGUCAGGUCGACCACUAGCCAUUGCACGUAUAGAUCGGUGGCGAUGGCUGAUUUGCGAGAGGGGGUAUGCUAAUGUCAUCCCACCUAAGGAGUGGAGGGUUGGUAGGCAGGUUAGUCAUGGGGAGAUGAUUUCUGUAUCUUCUACAGGAAUGGACGAAGAGAACGAUGUCGUUUUUGGCAUCUUAUACGAAAUGACGCCUGAGGACGAAUACCUCCUCGACGGCUAUGAGGGUGUCGACCAUUCAGCGCCUGCAUCGCAAUACGGCGAUACAAUCCCCAUCGCUGUUAGGCCGAGGGAACAAGAACAUGGGGCCUAUAAUAAGUGGUAUGUCCCCGCAAAGGUCAUAAAGUGGCUUGUCACAAAAGAAACAGACAAUGAAGAAGACGAUAUCACAGUGUUGGUGUAUGUAGAUGAGAAAAGAGUCACGGUUGGGCCGCCGAAGUUUGAGUAUGUGGAUAGAAUGAAUAGGGCGAUUAGGGAGUCGUUGGAGUUGGGGAUGCCAGGAAAGUGGAUGCAGAGUGUUAUGAGGAAGCAUAUUCCUGAAUCCUAG